AUACGCAAAUAUAACAUGUAAUUCACUCAUUGAGCUCCUCCAUUUGACAGAACACAUCCCCGCCACUGGGGUUUGGGCUAGAAUAGUCCCCUGCACCAACACCGCCAUGUCUCACCCCGCCACCCCUUCUCCACCAAACCUGUCACAGCUGCACCGACCACCGCCACCUACAACCCCUUCUCUAUACAAACAGAAUUCUUGGUCUCACGAUGACUACCGCGACGGGGCGUGGCAGCGGAGGAAGGUCCUACAAAAACGGCGGAGCAAAAGCGUCACCGAAGAGGAUCUUGAUGAACUCAAGGCCUGCAUAGAGCUUGGCUUCGGAUUCGACUCGCCGGAAAUGGACAAGCGUUUGUCGGAUACUUUACCAGCGUAUGGCCUCUACUACUCAGUCAGCAAGAAUUACAACGACACCGUUACAAGGCCACCGCCUUUAUUCCCUCCGUCAACUUCCAUCCUCUCCGUCUGCGACACUCCCUCUCCUCACGGAAGCCCCAACACCAUCUUCGACCCUGGGGAUGAUCCACAGACGGUAAAGACAAGGUUGAGACAAUGGGCACAAGUGGUGGCAUGUACGGUGCGUCAAUCUUCGUGUUAAUUAAUAAAGAUUAAUGAUAUAAUUAUAAAAUCGUGGGUACUUCAAAUUCUGGUUUUAGCGUACAAGCAAUAUCUGUACUGUAAGUAAAUAAUGUAAAGAUAACCCAAACCCAACUAGCUUUGUUUAAUAGUUAAUACAAUAGGUAUUUUGUAAAAUAUAUUUUCUAUAAUCGUUUAAGAAUCAGAAGUUCGGUUUAAUCAAA